GUUCAAGAUAUGCCGUGACCAGUAGAUAAGAGUGAAGGUAAUGACUAAACAUUGAAAAGAUAGCACAAUCAUGUCUCACUUUGUUUUGACCUGCAGUGUUUUGUUUCUCGCAUUUCUGCAUGUGGUUUGCGGAAAUUUGGUGACCAUAGAUGGCGAGUUGAUCCGGAUUGUUGACAAGUGUACCCCUGGAGAUGAUAGUACAUGUCCAAGCGGAAAAUGCUGUGUGAAAGAGGGUCUUGCAUACAUUCCAGAAUACACCGGACCAAAACCAGCCUACCAGAUUGCAUGCAAACCGUACAGACAACAAGGAGAAUUUUGCUACCAUUCUCACGUGCAUACAAAUACCCAUGAGGUAUGCCCGUGUGCUCCUUCACUGAACUGUACAUCUCAUGGCAUUUUUGGUCAUUGUCAAUGAUUUCACAUAAAAUGUUUAAAUACAAAACGUGUAUUGAUAUGAAGUUGUAAAGUUUU